CCCGCCCUCAAGACUAAGUGGUAUGAAUCUUGGCGCUCGUAGCCAUAGCCGCCACCAAUCUACGGGUUUGAAUCUUGGUACUAGUUUGUGGCCUUCCUCCACACUGUCGACCUCAACUAUAGUUGCCAGGAGCCAUAUAAGGAGUUGAAGCAAGAGUUUGGUUCUAGAAUGAGUUUACCUCCAAUUUCUCGCAAUACUCGUAAGAUAAGCUCCUCAAUGAGAACACAUGGAAGGAAAGUUGACGCCAUUGCGGUUCAUACAGAAGUUGGAAUUAACACCCGUGGCCGAAUGUCGAACUUAAAUGCUACGACUUCACUGGAACCAAAUCAAACUGCCAUUCGAAGAGGAGCUAUUAUUGAACCUGCUAAAUGCCGAUUGAUGAGUUUGGAUGAAAAGCGAGAACUUGUUCUUGAGUUAUCGAAGAGGCCACAAAGUGCUCCUGAGAAACUACAGUCAUGGAGUCGCCGUGAUAUUCUAGAGAUUCUUUGUGCCGAUCUAGGAAGGGAAAGGAAAUAUACUGGAUUAUCUAAGCAGAGAAUGCUGGAUUAUCUCUUCAGGGCGGUAACUACUGGCAAAUCAUCUGGCCCUGUGGUGCAUGUGCAAGAAAAGGAGCCAACUCUCGACCCCAACGCAAGUAACCAUCAGUACCCUGCGAAACAUCAAAGGAAGAGUGACAAUUCGUCAGUCAACAAUCCGCUAACCGCUGUUGUACUCGUGCCAAUAAAUAAUGUGCGGUCCUGCCGGAAUAUGGCAUGCAGAGCAAUUCUUAACAUGGGAGAUAAAUUUUGCAGACGCUGUUCAUGCUGCAUAUGUUUCCAGUACGAUGACAACAAGGACCCUACCAUAUGGUUGUUCUGUCGUUCAGAAUAUCCCAUGCAAAAAGAUUCUUGCGGGUUAUCAUGCCAUCUUGAGUGUGCUCUCAAGGAUGGAAGAACCGGAAUUCUGCCGAGUGGGCAGUGCAAGAAACUUGAUGGUGCUUAUUACUGCCCUCACUGUCGGAAGCAGCAUGAUUUGCUCCGGUCCUGGAAACCACAACUAGUGUUAGCUAAAGAGGCUCGGCGGCUCGAUACAUUGUGUUGCCGGAUUUUUCUGAGUCAUAGGAUCCUCUUCUCCACGGAGAAGUAUUCGGUCUUGCAUAAAUUUGUUGACACAGCGAAGCAGAAACUGGAGGCUGAAUUUGGAUCUGUACGCGGGUAUGGACAUAUGGGUCGUGGAAGUGUCAGUCAGCUUACUUGUGGUGCUAAAGUCCAGGAACUUUGUGCUCAAGCACUUGAUGUCAUGGAGUCUAAGUUCUCUGUUGAAUCUCGUACUAACUCACAAUUUGAACGAUCCAAUAUGAUGCCAUCAAGCUUCGUAAAGUUUGAACCUAUAACGCCUACAUCUAUCACUAUAGUUUUUGAUUUCGGUCGAUGUCCUUUGCUCGCCCAAGGGGUAACUGGCUUUAAACUAUGGCACCAGGUGGAUGGUCCAGGAUUUUACUCGGCAAAUCCAACUGGCAUCAUACAUGCAACGUCAAAAACAUUUGUUGUCACUGAACUCAAGCCAGCUACAUGCUAUAUGUUUAAGAUAACUGCAUUCAGCAACUCCAGUGAGUUUAGGCCAUGGGAAUUCAGGGCAAGUACAAGCUCUCCGAAAGAAAGUGAUCUUAAGGGUUCGGUUCCAGGUGCUACUGGAGUAGUAGACCAAAAUAACAGGAGCCUAAAGACAAAUAGUGGUGGUCAAUCUGAUCGUUCUUCAGAGGGUGUGGACUCAAACAAUAAUGGAACGGUGUGUACUGAUCUUAACAGGUCAACGGAAAGUGACUUUGAGUACUGUGAAAAUCCCGAGAUCCUUGAUUCAAACAAAGCGCCUCAUCACCCCAAAACUUGCAAAACAUGCAGAUAGUUGCAGCUAGGGUACCAGAAUCCUUGAGCUGAAAAGGGGUUACAGGAAAUCUGGGCGGUAAUGAUGUGUGGCGGUCCUCCUCCUCCUCCUCCAGGAUCAUCGUGAUGUGUCGACCCUCCUCCUCCUAUAUCUGUAUCUUCUGUUUUGUGUGCAUUCGGAUGAACUAUGUUGUGAAAUUUGUGAACUUGUUGUCAACUUUGUGAACUUAUGAGUUUAGUUCGUAUGUGAUGUGACAUGAUGUGACUUUGAGGUAUACAGAUGUCAACCUAUAUAUA